UUGUGGGAACCAUCGGCUUUAAACUAAACUAAACCUUCACAUUUUAAAAUGAAAAAUUUCGUGUAAAAUUCAUUUUCAAACUCUGAGAAACUACAAAAUUUAAAGAAAAAGUGUUGAAACCUCGCAUAUGAUAGACGUUUUCUUUUAAACAUUGCAGAGGAAGCGCAAAUUGAAAUUCUGCGAAAUUAAAAGAAAAGUGUUGCAAUGACUGAGGUCUGUCAAGGAACUACGUAUAUAACAGAAGUGGAGGAAGCUUUACGAAAGGAGCAGGAGCGGCGGUUAGUACAGGAAGGCACUGCCUUGUGGAAGACCCGAAAGGAGGAGCUUGAAUGUCAGAAACACCGAGAGCAGCAUGAAUUACAGGAAAUGUUGGAAAAUUAUGCCCCUUGGGGAAAACCCGGUGGUGGUGCACCGUGUGAAACAACUCUAAGAAAGAAAAAUUUUCCACUGGAGCCACCAAAAAAGGAGAAAAAUCGGCACAAACAAUGGGGAUGGAUGACAAAGCCACCGAACAUGAAUAUUCAGAAUUCGAAAAAACCUCUUACAGUCACCUCUAUGAAUAAAUUCUACGAUACUAAUGCAAAAAAAGUAAUUGCCCCAGAUCCUCAUCUAGAUCAUAUUACUGAACGCGAUUCAGGGAAAGCGUAUAAUGAGGAGGUUCAGGUUUAUCGCCUCAACGGUGGCGUCGAGUUGGUACCUCUGCUGACACGUAGAGAGCAUUAUUCACAAUCGCAUCCCGUCCGACAUCUCGUCUCUGAUGCUACAAAAUCUGUGUACACCUUAGAAACUUGGAGGGCAAUCACUGCGACUAACAGAGAAUAUAUAGCCGAGCUGGCUGAUCAAAUACAACAAAAAAGAGAGAGAGCUAUGGAGGAACGACGAGUGGAACAGGAAAGGUGUCGCAGACAUUUCAAUACGUGGAAGACAUUAUGGGGUAGACCAGGGCACGGAGCACCGAUAGAUCACGUGCAGAGGAGCAAUCUUUACAAUAUACUUUAUCGACCCGCUGUUUAUUGAAUUCAACUCUAAUGUCAUAAGUUAAAUAUCUUAUUUUGAAACACCGAAAUUGAGCUCUGUUAGAAAUCCUAGAUUAUAUUUAGAUGUUAGAAAAAAUUGCUUUGAAUCAGUAAAUAUGUUCGUUUUGAUUAAUUUAAUUUAAAAUAAUAUAUGGAGAAUAACAAAAUAUUACCAACAUUAGGGUGAUUCAGAAAAAAACUUUAUUUUCGCCUAAAGGUGGCCCAACAUAAUACACACUAUUUAUGAUUUACUUUAGUUCGGCAGGCAUGUAUUGUCUUAUUCUUAUUGAUAAGCAAAUAUUAGAUUCUUUUAUGUUGGAAACUUAUUCUCGACCUUUUAUUCAUGACCUUUGAUCUUUAUCACCUACUUUAAGCACUUGGUCUAUUACCAUUAUACGUUUGACAUACGACCCUUGGCUUUGGGGUUUAAAUUGGAAAGUUAACUUACUGUAGGGGGAAACGUUUACAAAAUAUAUCAAACCUUUUCUGGACAACCUUAAAUAGCAUACUUGAUUUUUCGCUUAAUUUCCUUAUUUCCUUCUGCUAUUUUAUUCCAUUUGCAUGGGCCAUUUUCAAAUAGAUUUAACAUUCGUGCUCCCAAAAGUAAUGAAUGUUCAUAGAUCUAUUUGAAUUUAUCAAAAAGGUUUAAGUAUUUAUGGUGACCUACUUUUUCGUUCCUGCAGAGAUAAAGGUUAAGGGAAUCAUAGUUUAACACUCCAUUUAAUAUAAAAGUAGCAAUCUUAACUCCACCCAGUAAAAAUAAGCUUAACUAUUAACGAAAUGUAGAAUCAGGCUUCGCAUGAGACCUGAUCUAUUUUUGUAGCAAAAAUUAUUUAAAGUGUAAUAUUUAUACAGCAAUGUUUAUAGAUAGUGUAACAAAAUUUAAAAAAAUUUAGUAUGUAAUAAUAUUUUUUUUCAAGUUUCUGUAGGAGUUUGAGCAUCGUGAUAAGAAAUAAAACAUUUCAUAAUAUUAUAAAUGAGUCUUUUUCAAUAUAAAGCUUCCUAUAAGCAUGAAAAUUGUCAACUAAAUAACGCCUGAUAUAUAAACGCCGGUAACAGCUUCAGAAGCGAAUUUAAGUAACAAGAAUGAUAUUUUAGAUCGUUCUUGUACAUCAUUUUGGUAUAAAAAAUAUUUGUUUAAUUACUAGUUUCCAAAAAACAUUUUUCGACAAGUUCACAAGUUAAUUGUCCUACAUGUUUGGUUGACAAAUAAUGUUUGGAAACAAUUUCUAUACAGGGUCUAGAACCCAAAAGGCACGCAAAUUCUGAAGUUGAACUAUAAAUAUAUUUUGACGGACGAUUAAGCAUGUCCCUAGGAACUUUUUAAUACAUGAAAAGAUUUCAAGGGUGUCCUAAAGGUGUCAAGUCACAUAACACAAAGGUACAUUCUAAGAUAGCUUUUAGAAUAUCCCAGUGCCUACUGGGCAUGUUUCGAAUUUUUGGCUACACGCAUAUUGUAUACCCCUACAACUGCACUGCACUUUUUUGUUAUGGGAUUCUGACUUAAAAAUCCAGAAUACAAAAAUCUUCAUAAUAGUAUAUUCCAACUUCAGGAAUAAUCAAUUAAUUGGUUGAAGUUAAAUACUUUUAUGAAUUCACAAAACAUUUUUUUAGUAUAUUAUUCAGAACGUUCAUUUGCUCUUAUUUAAAACAUCAAACUCUUCCUGGAAAUUGCCCAAUAUACUGAAUUCAAAUAAAAAUAUUUUUCUUAAGAUUUGAUCAGAUUAAAGAGAGGGCAUAUUGAAUUCAAAGCAGUUUUUUAUCAGCUUAUAUAUUGUAGGGUCAUUAUUAUUAUUAGAUAGUGUAUAAAAAAGUAAAGAGUUUCGACCGAAUAUUAAUAGAGUAUAUAAAAGUCCAAUGAAAUUUUCGUUUAGAUUGAUCCAAGUUUCGCAAAAUAAAAUGUUUUUCCAAAAUCGCUUAAAACCUCCCAAAAAUAUUGUACCUGAUAUAAAUGAAGCUUGAGUUGAGGCCUCAAACAAUUUUAAAGUUAUUAAUUUCCAUGAAUUAUUGAAAGGGAAUCGUCCUUCAACGAACACCUUUAUAAAGCGCUUACAGGCACAAAUAUUUAAUAUUGGGUUGGCAAGAAAGACUUUGCGUUUCUAUAUGUAUGAAGAAUUCUAAAAAUCAGGCAUUUUUCUCUCAUCCACAAGGUUAGCGAAAGGUUUUCAACACAAAUGAUACCUAAGUUGUUAGAAGUCAAUUUUGUGUUUUUAAUUAAUAAAUGGAAACUUUCUACCAAAAAACGCAAAUAUUCUCUUGCCUACCCAAUACUUAGAUGCUUAGGGGUUAGCAUUUAUUCUAUUAAAAUUUAACUGUAGAAUUUUAUAGUUUCAUAAUGCAAGCGUUUUGCGAUUUUCACUAUAACAGAUGCUAAUUUGAAAAAAAAGAAAGUGCGUCGUUUUCACACAUUCUCAAUUAAAAAAUUUGUUUACAAAGUAAGACACUACUGUAUAGAAUUAAAAAUUUGAUAAACAUAUUCCACAUUUAUGCAUAAUUGUAGUAAGUAUAUUUGCAUUAAGUCGGCUACCUCAUAUUAAACGAAAGCGUUCUUUGCAAUUCUGAAGGGCAAUCGAAACAAUGAAAAUAAAUAUUCGACUAUAUUGAGCACUCUUAUAGAUCCUUAUGAUUACCAAGCAUUAAACUGCGAAAAAUGAAGUUGCUUAUAAAAAAUAUAUAAUUAUAUAAGGUAUUUAAUACUUUCUGUUAUAUUCAAAGAAUUUAAAAUAGAUACGAAAAAAAUGGUCUGUUUGAAACGUUUAUUUAUUCACUCAAGAGUCUAUAGGCAUGACAAUUAAUUCUGUCAUACGCAGAAAAAAUACGCUUUUAUUUUGAGAACAGAA